GGUCCGCCUUCGAACCUCCUUCCGUCCGCCCACCAUGUCCUUUGCGCGUCAGUUCGCCUCCAAAAUAUUCUCGGGGCGCACAGUUCUGAGACGCUAUUCUUCUCAUGCAGCCAACAAGUAUCUCGUCACCCCCAAGGAGGCGAACGAGCUCGUCCAGAGCCAGGGCGCCGUGAUCCUCGACUCGACGUGGUUCAUGCCCAACUCGCCGCGCAAUGCGGCCAAGGAGUUCCAGUCGAAGCGUAUCCCUCAAGCCCGUUUCUUUGACCUCGAUGCAGUCGCGAGCCCUCACGAGCUUGGCCUCAAACAUAUGAUUCCUCCGCCUCGCGUAUUCGCGGAUGCGUGUGAGAAAUUCGGCAUCUCUCCUGCCACGCCUGUCAUCAUCUACGAUGUGCAUGGCGUUUUCUCUUCGCCGAGAGGGCUCUUCACGUUCCGUACUUUCAACCAUGACAAGUCGGUCAUCCUCGACGGCGGUCUCCCUCGCUGGGAGGCGGAAGGUCUGCCUGUGGAGACCUCUGAGCCAGUGACGCCCACCGCUGUCGACUACCCGACUCCGGAAUUCAAUGCGAAGGCCAUCAGGAGCUACGAGCAGAUGCUCGCCAACUUUACUGGUAAGGAUACCCCCGACGAGCUCGUCCUCGACGCUCGUCCCAAGAGUCGCUGGCUGGGUGCUGACCCGGAGCCUCGUCCUGAGAUACGCGCGGGUCAUAUGCCCGGGUCCGUCUCGCUGCAGUUUAGCCUGUUCCUGCAGAAGAACAACGUGAACGGCAAAGAGUUCACGACCUACCUCCCGCCGGAUAAGAUUCGCGAGGCGCUCAUUGGCGCUGUCGGCGAGGAGCGCGCCCAGGCCAUCAUCGACGGCAAGCUUCCUGUUAUCACGAGCUGUGGGAGCGGGAUGACCGCCGCUAUUGUGUGGCUGGGCCUCAGGCAGCUUGGUGUGAAGGACAUCUCGCUCUAUGAUGAGUCGUGGACGGGCUACGCCAUGAGGGAGUCCAGCCCUGUUGUUACUGGAGAGUAGAGCUUGAUUGAUGGCGCUCUAUACGACCGGUCACUAGGAUAAACAAACAUAAGGAAGGAUCUAGUGCAAAUCUACUGGCUGCUUGUACAAGUACAAAGAGUGCAAGGCAAUCGAGAAGUGGUGUGUGAGUCCGUAAUGUAUACCCAUUGCUGCGUUCGCCGCGCUGAUACGAUAUAGAUAAUGUGUACAGUUAGUUGAUGUUGUGUACUCGAAAGAGGUGCCGCACGC